ACAAUAACAAAACACAAGCAGGCCGCGGCGACGAAGAAUCGGGUCUCCGUUGAGUGUACCGCGGACGGUCGAGGUUCAAUCGAUUAAGUGUUGUUGCACCCCUGAACUGUGUGCUGUUUCCUGCUCACGAAACGCUGAACGAUGAGCGGGAAAAAAGGACUCGAUUUGCUGCGGUCGAUAGCUACCGUUAUGACGAAAACGAACGGCUACGAUCGGUGUCUGCAGCAGCUAGUGAUGGUCAGCGGCGGAGAUGGACGUUGCCUGGCGGAGUUUAAGGUGGGCGAGGAGCACUUGAACCGUGCCGGUGGCUUGCACGGUGGCUUCACGGCCACCAUCGUGGAUGUGGUCACGACGUACGCUCUGAUGACGAAGGAAAACGCUGUCCCUGGCGUGUCGGUGGACAUUCACGUUAGCUACCUGAAGGGCGCCCGCCAAGGAGACGAUGUGAUCAUCGACGCAAACACGAUUCGGGCCGGCCGCAACCUGGCGUUCCUCGAGUGUGAGCUGCGCCACAAGAAGGACAAUUCCAUCAUCGCCAAAGCAUCGCAUACCAAAUACAUAGGCAGUAACUAGAGAAUAGCACACGAAGUGGCUCGGAAUGGGGUCCUUUAAAUCAUUCGGGGACGACGGGGAUUAGAAUGGUCAAAUAAAAGUACGCUUCUGGGGGUUAGAUAUAGAAAGCAAACAAUAAAAGGCAAAUGCACUGCAU